AUGCGUGCAGUUAUACAAAGGGUUCAUAAGGCGGCAGUGCUUGUCGGCGAAGAAUUGAUCUCAUCCAUCGACCGUGGAAUCUGCGUUUUGAUUGGACUGAAUCGGGACGAUAGUGACGAGGAUGCGGAGUAUAUUGCUCGGAAGUUGGUUAAUGUGAGACUUUUCGAGAAUAAAGAAACUGGAAAACGAUGGGAUAAAAGUGUCAAAGAUAUGCAAUAUGAAAUCCUAUGUGUUAGUCAGUUUACCUUAUUUGGCGUAUUGAAAGGUAACACAAUAGAUUAUCAUCGAUCAAUGGCGCCUGAUAAGUCACCCGAGUUUUAUGCGAAAUUUAUUGAGCAACUGAAGAAAUCAUAUGUUGCUGAUAAAGUGAAGGAUGGAAAGUUCGGUGCCUAUAUGAAUGUGCAAAUCGAGAACGAUGGACCAGUAACAAUUUUAUUGGAUAGUAAAGCAAGAGACUAUUGA